CUAGACGCUGCACCGGAUUUCCUUUUCGCGUUGCAAGAUGGCUGAUGAAGCUACACGGAAAGCGGUGUCAGAGAUACCGCUUUUGAAAACCAACUCCGGUCCAAGAGACAAGGAGCUGUGGGUGCAGCGACUGAGAGAGGAGUACCUAGCUCUUAUUAAAUAUGUCGAGAAUAACAAGUCCGCUGAUAAUGACUGGUUCCGUCUAGAGUCCAACAAGGAGGGUACCAGAUGGUUUGGGAAAUGUUGGUACAUUCAUGACCUGCUGAAGUAUGAGUUUGAUAUGGAAUUUGAUAUCCCUGUCACAUAUCCGGCAACAGCCCCCGAGGUGGCAAUCCCAGAAUUGGAUGGCAAGACAGCCAAGAUGUACAGGGGAGGGAAGAUUUGUCUCACUGACCACUUCAAGCCCCUCUGGGCCAGAAAUGUGCCAAAGUUUGGACUGGCUCACCUGAUGGCUCUUGGGCUGGGACCUUGGCUGGCUGUUGAGAUACCUGACCUGAUUGCGAAGGGACUUAUUCAACACAAGGAGCAACAGACCAACAGCUGAGAUUGCUUGACAAUUGUCCUUCCUAGUAGUGAGCGGGAGAGGGAGAGACUGAUCAUACCUGACAUUCCCCCUGACAGACCUUUCCCUCCAAUAUGAAGCCCUUCUCACCCAAACACUUCAUAUUCAGGCUAAGGAAGGGUAGGCAAGGAACCUCAAUAACCAACUGAUCUUGACACUUCUGUCCUAGGAAGCUGCUACAUCAUAUAUGGACACCACUUCCAUUGCCAUACAGUAGGUUAUAUGCGGUUCGGGACCAGUAUAACACGACACAGAUGGGAAGUUAUCUCUCCCUUAAUGGUCACCAUACUGUUUAGAAAUGGCAAAAUGUAUCACCCAUAGUGUCAUAUGACCCUUCUUUUGACCAAUUAAUGGAAAACUUCACAGAAAAAUGUUUUGUUUGCUGCAUGGGGCAGGCCAUGAAAAACAAUCUUACAACUGUCUGUCUUGUUAGAAUAAAUGAAAGGUGAAUUGGC